AUGAACUAUAUCUAUCAACUUACACAGGCAGCUACAACAGCUGUUCUAGAGAAGAGUGGCAGGAAUCUACCUUUUACUAUUGGUAAAGCCACAGGGAAGCACUCAAUUUGGGAUACUUUUGAUGGUGUCAAGAGGGAUGAUAAUAGUUCACUCACUAUUUUCGUUUACAACAAACAAAUCAAUCAGAGAUAUACACAGCUCGCUAACAACGCAUUGAGGAAGUUACGCACAUUGAGACAUCCACAGAUAUUGAAAUACGUAGAUGCUAUUGAAACUGACACUAUGAUAUAUAUCGCUACUGAAAGAGCAACUCCUUUAUCGACAUUCCUGCCUUCUGACGACACUAUCUGGUUAACUUGGGGUCUUCAGAAUAUUUCUCAAGCUUUAUCAUUCUUACACACCCUCACUAACUCUAUACACGGCGCUGUAUCUAGUGAUAGCAUCUUUAUCAGUGAAUCAGGCGAAUGGAAGCUCGGUGGUUUUGAGUUAGCUACGUCACAAUCUGAACUCAGCAAUGGAAUAUUAGAAGGGAACUAUGAUAGAAAAACAGCUGCACCUGAAGCUAGGCAAGGUUUUGAUGCUAUAUCAAGUAAUCCAGUUUCGAGUCUUGACUCAUAUUCUUUUGCAUUACUCAUAAGUCAGCUGUACAACCCAACAAAACCCUUACCAUUGGAUUUAACGAGUGCACCACCGCCAUCUAGCAAGGGUAUGAUACCAACGAGCUUAUUUAAUGCGUACAAAAAACUCCUUCAUCCAUCGCCAAAAAGUAGAUUAUCAGUUGAUGGUUUUUUGCAACUUGGAAAUAACUCACAGGAUACACAAAAUGGCGCAUUCUUUACUCAAAACCCUCUCAUCGAGUUAUGUCAAGGUUUAGAAGUUUUCAGUCUUAUGAGACAAGCUGAAAGAGUCGUCUUUCUUAAGAAUCUUUCUCAGUUACUCAACUACGACAAUUCAAGCGGUAAUAUACUUGGAGAGAGAAAAGUUUCAAUACCAAAUUCAUUAGCUAUACAUAGAAUCUUACCAACUUUGGUCCACUCUGUUGAGUUCAUGACAGCUGGUGAUUCUGCACCUUCACUUGUACCAUUGAUAGUCAGAAUUGGUAUGCGUUUGGACACAGAAGAUGAACGUAGUAAAGCAAUUAGCAAACCCUUAUUACGAUUAUGGAUGAGCCCUGAUAGAGGUACACGGAUGGCCUUACUUGAAGAUCUCGAAAGGUACAUCGAUGUGCUAUCAAACAAGAUCGUGGUUAACGAAUUAUGGCCACAAUUGAUAACAGGAUUCAAUGAUACGGCUGCAGUUUUAAGAGAGGCCACAAUCAAAGCAGUACCUCUAAUUUCUUCAAAAUUAUCAGACAGGAUACUUAAUAAUGAGUUACUUAAACAACUCGCUAAAGCACAAUUAGAUCCUGAACCAAGUAUACGUACGAAUACUUGCAUUUUGAUUGGAAAAUUAACGCCAAAAUUGGCAUUAGCUACUCGUAAAAAAGUCUUAGUAUCUGCGUGCGCACGAGCCAUGAAAGAUAGUUUCGCUCCUGCUAGAGCAGCUGGUUUGAGAACUCUUUUAGCAACUGUUGAUGAUCAGGAAGAAAAUGAUCUAGCUACAAGAGUCUUACCAACUAUUUGUCCAUGUUUACUAGAUAAAGAGAAGAGCGUACGUGAUCAAGCGUUUGACGUUUUACGUAGCAUUAUAGCACGUGUUGAAAGUAUAGCUUCCAAAAUGCCAGAAACCGCAAUCAAAGCAGAUAGCGAAAUUGAUUACAGUUAUAGCGGCACCGCUGGAAAGUCCUUCCUUGGUGAUGAUCAAUUAGGUAAUGCUGCAUCAGCCAUUGCUGGAUGGGCAUUUGGUACGUCAACAACGACCAAGAAGGUUAGUAGUAAUGACAUAACAUUUACCAAAGCUAACGAGAAAUCAUAG